GUUUUUGAACUUACAAUAUGGCGGCAACUUGAUAACCUCACUGUUGAAGAGUAACUAAUUGGAGACAUGGAGUUACUUAUUUUAGAGUAGAUGAAGGAUAUCAUGAUCAUUGUAAUGUUUGAGGUGGCUGUCAUGAAAAAUGUAAAAAACGUUACAUUCACACGGUGGAAAUACAAAUAGAAGAUAGAAGACAGAAGACAACGAAUGCAGCACUGAAAUGGGGUGGUGCUACGGAAGGUCUAUAUAGCAGUGAAAUCAUGUCAUAAAAUAUUUACACACAAAUGUGGGAUAUAGCUAAACAUUUUGAUUUGGGUCUAUAUUGUUUAAAUACAGAAACGGAUCUGGCAAAAAUAAUAGGACACCAAUUUGUAGAAUAUUUGAAACCUUGUAGUGUCAUUAAUAGGGUCAAUAAUACCCUUAUAAGGACAACAUGUGCUGUGUGAGAGAUCAUACGUCAUGUUCAUCUGUACCUGAGCUACAGGUUAUAGAAUACAUAUUUGACUGGGAAAUAAGGAAGGUCAAGCAGCUUAAAAAACAAAACAAAAAAAACACUGCUCAUAAACCAUGACAUUACCAUAAAAAUGCAAGAAGAACAAAUGUUCAAAGCAUAUACUGUAUUAUUUGUCAUUGAAACAUUAAUAUAUUUCAUUAUAUAUUCAAGAGAACAAGCCAGUGUAUAAAAAGAGAAAGGAAGAGGGGAAGAAAAUUGGAAAAAGGUGGUGGUAGGGUUGGAACUGAAAACUAGGAGGGGUGGGGGGAGAGAGAGAGAGAGAGAAAGAGGGAGGGAGAUCUGCCAGAGGACAAAAGGGAGUAGUCAGAGAUGUGGUGUGUAUGGUGUCAGCAGCUUGUUGGAUUGAGGUGCUGUGCCAUGCUGAGUUUAAUCCAGACUGAUUAGGAAGCAGGAGGCUGUCACCUGUGUGAAUGCAGAGAAGUAGCUUAAGGUAAACUGGUGUAGCCUGGGACUGCUGCCCUAAUGAUAAAGAAUCCAAUACCAGGAGACUCACAGGGAAAACAGCCUUAAUCUGUGGUUGAGUCUGAGUGGACAAGGGAAAAAACAGUCAAAGUUCAGAGCAGGAAGAAACUUUGAAUGACCUUUUAAUAUCAUCUGAGGAGAGUCAAGGGCAUAUUGUCACCAUUUCAGCAUUUUUAAUCUGCAGUACAAAUCAUCUUAAACAAUCCUUUGGCAAGCACCUGGUCACAAUGUCCACAAAUGGAAUAAGUAUGGCUUUAAAGCUCCAGUUUGGACUUAUUAAUUACGAAAAUCGUUACCUCACCGCAGAGGCAUUUGGGUUCAAGGUAAAUGCAUCUGGAACCAGCAUGAAGAAGAAACAGAUCUGGACCCUGGAGCAAGACCAGGAUAGCCAGGUAGUUUUCUUGCGCAGUCAUCUCGGACGUUAUCUUGCCACAGAUAAAGAUGGCAAGGUGAGCUGUGAGGAGGAAGUGCCAAACGCAUCCUGCCGUUUUUUGCUUGUGACACAGUCAAAUGGACGCUGGGCCUUGCAGUCAGAACCAUAUUUGCGCUAUUUUGGAGGCUCUGCAGAAUAUCUAUCCUGUUUUGCCCAGACCAUUGGAGGAUCUGAAAUGUGGGCCAUGCAUCUUGCCCUUCACCCACAGGCCAACCUGCUAAGUGUAUCCCGCAAGCGCUAUGCACGCUUGUCCACCACAGACGACCAGCUCUGCAUGGACAGCAACAUCCCCUGGGGUGUGGACUCCCUGAUCACUUUGGUCUACCUGGAUGAGAAGUACAGUCUGAAGGCUUGUGACAAUCGUUUUCUCAGCAAUGAUGGUAAGCUGGUAAUGGAGCACAGGCACAACACUAGUUUCACUCUGGAAAUCAAGUCUGGCAAGCUGGCUUUUAAGGACUGUGAGGGCAAGUUUCUCUCACCAAUGGGCCCCGCAGGCACCCUGAAGUCUGGCCGCUGUUCAAGGCCAGGGAAAGAUGAGCUGUUUGAUCUGGAAGAGAGCCACCCACAAGUUGUUUUCCUGGCAGCCAACAAAAGAUAUGUGUCUAUUCGUCAAGGUGUUAGCAUCUUAGCUAAUCAGGAUGAUGAGACAGACAUGGAGACAUUUCAGAUGGAGAUUGAUAAAGAGACUAAGAAGUGCAUGUUCAGAACCAAUGGUGGAAAUUACUGGACACUCGUUACUCACGGAGGGAUUCUUUCCUCAGCCACAGAAGCAGAAGAAAACACCAUGUUUGACAUAGAGUGGCUGGGCCGACGAAUUGCUUUGAGAGCAAACAAUGGAAAAUAUGUCUGCACAAAGAAAAAUGGACAGCUUGCUGCUGUGAGUGAUUCUUUGGGGGAGGAUGAGCAGUUCAUGCUAAAGCUGAUUAAUCGUCCAAUCCUGGUCUUGCGUGGGGAGAAUGGCUUUGUGUGCCACCACAAAACCGCCAAUACACUGGACUGCAGCCGCUCUGUUUAUGAUAUCUUCUCAUUGCUUUUCAGUGAUGGCGCAUACCAAAUAAAAAGUGGAAAUGAAAAGUUCUGGUAUGUCUCCAGCAGUGGUCUGGUGUGCACAGAUGGGGAUAAACCUGAGGAUUUUUUCUUUGAGUUUGUUGAGUAUGGACGGGUUGGCAUCAAGGGUCAAAAUGGCAAGUACUUGCGUGGAGACCAGGGAGGCACACUGAUGGGUGAUGGGCUCAGUGUGGAUGCUUCGUCCCUGUGGGAGCACUGAGUGUACCAGAGACACAGACUCAGAGUAAAAAAAGUUAUCCUCCUGACACCUGUUCAGCCAAUGACUUUACAGCAUUAUGCUCUUCAUUGACUUUCUAUAUUUAUUUAUUUUUUGUUUUGUUUUUGUGAGCAUGAGAAAUAUCUGUGGUUUUAUUUGUUUCUAAUAGUCAGAAGUCCCCCACUUGCUUCAUAAGAUAUUUUAGAAACUGAUACUUUGCUCUGUCAUUUUUCAAACUAAUUUCAAUUAGGUUGGUUAUUGAUGCUGUCAAAUGCUCAGAUGAAAGCUGUAUUAUCCGAAGCAAAGAUCUUAGGGUGCUUUCACACUGGCAGUUUAGUGCGGAACGGGGCAUGGUUCGCAUGAAAAAUCGCUAAUCUGAACGCUGUCAUUGGACCCUGGUGCGCACUGGGGUACUGAACCCAAGUUCGGUUGCUCCCGAACUGUGGCACGGUUCGCUUGAAUGGGCAAGUAACACAGACUCUGGUGCACACUUGUUCAGGAAGUAAAGUAUCCCGCACAUGCGUAACAUUGUCGUUAUCAUUGUUUCCUCAACACACAAGAGAGCCGAGGUUGAUUCCACACACUCUUAAAAGUGAAAAUUAAAUUAAUUAAAAUGUAAUAAUUAAAAUUAAUUAUUAUGUUGUGCAUAUAAGCACCAGAAAAUGCCAGUGACGCGUUGCAUUCUCCAUGCCUUUUCUGGGUGCGUUUGCGAUGUAAGGUGACUGCAAACGCACCUGGGUUUGAUACAACUAUUGAGUGUGAAAGCAGACCAACACUUUGUCCGGCACCGGGAACAAAUCACGCUUGGGUUUAAACCGCAGCAAAGAGCCCAGUGUAAAUGCCCCCUUAGAUUCUUAUUAAAUGACUAGUACUUCUGAUCACUGGUUCCACUGGUUCUCAGUUCCAACCACCACCCACCACUCUGCAUAUCUGUGUCCCUUAAUUAACACACCUGAUUGAGAUCAUCAAUGGUGAGAACCCAGGACUGUAAUUAAGAAACUCUUUAGCAUGUUUGUCAGAGGCCAUCAGCAGAAAGUGUCCCUGGACUCCUCAGACCUCCAUUAGGGGGCAGUUGGAAAUAUUGGUUUAGGGGUCCUGACCCCAUUAUCAGAUGCACAGGUGAUGAUUGAUGUUUGGUCAUGUCAGACACCAAACUAUUUGAAAUAUUUGACAUUUCUGAACACAUGACAGACUUAAAGGUUUUCAAAUAUAUAGCACAAUUUUAUUAUGGUGAAUGUUUUGAGGUGUAUAUUUCUGUGGGUUUAAUUUUGCAUCUGUCCAAGAGUUAAUAAUCUGGUGAUUAUACAUAUUUUGUCUUAAUGUAGUUCCUAAUUACUUAUUUGAACAAUAAUAUAAUGUCGGCUAGUGAUAGCAUUAAUAAGAGAUCAGCGUCUAAGCACUCUGCAGGCUAAAGAAACAGAGCAGUGGAGUGUUUUCAGAAAAAUGCUGCAUUAUAAUUAGUCCAUGUUUUUUCAAGUGAGUGCUAUGCGGUGGAAGUGUGCCUUCUGCUAAUGCACAAUCACAUACAGGUUAAACCUGGGCAAAAUGAGGGCAUUUUUGCUUAGUUUGAGCAAAUUGGAAUGUUUAUGAAAUGUGUUCGAAGUUUUGAGAAAUGUGUCUGUUUCAAGAACUGAAUGAAAUGUAUACUGGGCCAAAUGUAUACUAAAAAUGGAAAUGUUAAUAAAUCAAUUGCACUGCAAAAACCAAAUCCUUAAGAGAAAAGUACAAAAUGCUGACUAUGCCACCCCUUUCAAGUAUUGGGAAAUGAAUACUCAAUGGUAAUUGGACACGCAGACUUUUUACCAUGAAGGACAAAGAGACAUGGAUAUCAGUAUGCAAAAUGUCUAUGAACUUUUUCCACAAACAGCAAUCCACACUCCGUGCUUGAAACACCACUACCAGGGUUCUUGCACAGCUAGCCUCCCAACUCAGGGCCCUGCAAACUAAAACGAAAACAAAAAAAGACAACCAUAAAUCAAUGAAUACACAAAAAAAUUAUACUAGAACUCAAUUGGAUAAGACAGAAUUCCCAAGAUGUUUAUGAUACAGAAAAUUCAACAGUUGACAGCUGCCACUUACAAGAAAGAAAACACAAAGCAAAAGGUACACCACAAAAUAAAUUAUGAAAUGAUUGCAAAUGUAACAUUGUACAAACAUGUACAAAAAAUGAGUAGUUUAAACUUUAGAUUGGCUACUGCAAAAACAUGAACAAAUAAUUAAUAGAUAAUUUGUUAAGAUGUACAAAUAUAGUACUACACAACAAAGACAAAUAUAGAUCAUAUAUAAACAAAUAUAGAUCAUAUGAACUGAAAGUUAUUAUAAAGUGUUACCAAGAUGGUAUCAC